GCCCUUUACGUAACUCUAUUGGGGCAUAAUCAACAUCACAGUGUGGUAUGAUCGACUUAUAUGAAACAAAAGAUUAACAGUAUACGAUAUCAGGCUUUGCCGUGUCACCUUACUUUUAUUUCGUGUCGCACGAACGAUUCAAAUUUGUACGUGGGUGCUACUGUCAAUCGGAAACAAGACCCCAGUUUUCGUAAAGUGAACGAAGUUAAAAUGCCUGACGUCACAAAUACGUCGUAUUAUUCUUACGCUAAAUUCUCCAACAUCAGUGAGACAUCUCUCAAGAAUGUAACUCUGAAGGAUACACCAUAUUGUGACGAAAGCUUGCCAGGCGUUGUCAGUCAGUUACAGGGGACUGCAUCUCUACCAUCUUUAAAUCUAAAUACAUCAGAAACAGAAACACAAGAUGAACUCAUUCUGCCACAAUGUGAAACACAUCAGAAGGAAUUCUAUCAUCAGCAGCUACAAAACAGCUGCACAUUUUGUGCUGAUAGCAGUUCACACACCUGUUGCCCAGAACAAACGGUCAUAUGUGGAAAACCAGACGUGAAAAACCAAAUUUGGCAGGAUUCGAAAUAUGUAGCACAGUUGCUCGAACAAGUAAAACCAUUCAGCCAAGUCGAAAACUAUGCUGCAGGUGAACCAACAGACGGAAUUUCAACAUCAAAGUCGAGCUCCAGCUGUAAGAUGUCAGAUAUUUGUCAUAGCAACACGUACAGCAAUCAUUCUCAGAAGAAUUCCAGAGAUCCCUCUUAUGAGGAAGCGAGUUCCAGCAAUACAAAAUGGCAGAAUGGAGGAAAUAAGGCACAGGAAAAGAAUGCCCAGUUGUUGGAACCCCAUGGAAAGCACCCCACUGGUAACUCAAUCUGCAGUGCUGAGAAAUACGUACAAUGUAAGAAUGAAAAUUUGAGACAGCAAAACAAGAUGUUUAAUUCCGAAUGCCUUCACGGCUGCGUAUCACCCAUUACUGGGUCGAAUAAACAGCUCACUGUGAAGCCAGGAUCCUCUGUAUCAAAAUCUCCACACAAGGUGGGCUGUAAGGUGAUGCCUCAUCAAAAUAGUAAACAAAAUUCUAUGCAGUCAGCAAAAACUGAGGUGGGCAAUGAAGCAAGCUACCAGGGUGACACCAGCAAAUAUGAUGACACAGCACGUUUGGAAAUUUUUAAACUGCGCAACAGAAUUAAAAGAUACACAGAGGGAUUAGACAGUCCCAUACUGCGGAAAUCUCACACAUUUCAUGCACAGAAGCCUGAUUCCCCUUCGGCAAAAAUUUUAAAAUCUAAAACGCAGCCAGUACCUGAGUGCAGAAAGGACAAUCAAAGUUUGUCUCAUUCAAAAAGCCAGUUUCAGUACACCAAACAUUCCUCUCUAAUUCAAAAGAGUGCGCUACAAAUGUCACACGUGGCAUCAGUAAAGAAAAAGAGGAAGAGUUCUGAAACGUGUGAUCGGCUACUGGGGACACAGAGAGAAAUGGGAAGCCGUACUAUGCCAUCAGACGCUUCGUCGACAGUGUCAGACUGCCAGUCAAGAGAAUCGUCUAGCGACAAGUCGAACAGGAGAGAGCCGUACGAGAGAAACUGGGACAUGCAGAACCCGACUCAUCUCAGCACAGAGAGAAAUGUGUAUCAAAAGAAAAGUGGCUCUGCUAAAUCUGUACCACAACAUGCACUAGUCAAAAACAAAGUGGACACUGCAGAACAUUGUACAAAACAGUAUCAGGGAAACUGUCCACAGCAAACUAAAACUGUCAAACGAAAUCAGCUUCGCAGGCCUGUGCCUGGACAAAAACCCCUCUAUAAUUAUGACCAGCUCUCUUACCAAGCCAGUGAAGUAUACCCUGACCUAAUAUGUGAACUUGAAGAGAAACUUUCAGCUAUUAAUUCAGAACAUGCUGAUUGUAAAUCAGUCAGCCCCCGGUCAAAACAGAGGCUGAAAAACAAAUGAUAUUGUUUAUGGGCACAGUCUGGGAAUUUUCUAGUUCUUACAUACAAAUAUGUGACGUAUUAUGCAAUAAAAUUUGAAUAACAAUAAAUUUUCAUAUUUUUUCUUUC